ACGCGGACUUGAUCAAUCAGUUUCCUUUCAUUCUCCCUUCUCUCUUUCCUCUACCUCCCACCACCACCCCAACAAUUAAUCAGGAAAAAAACACAGGUCAAUCUGUGAGUUUGAAAGACAUUUACGGGAGCGAAGAUAAGCACAAAUGGGAGACAAUCCUGUUACUUUCCUCCUACAGUACUUGCCCGAGGUACUCAAUCGAGAAGCAAAUUUCCUUCGUGGAGUGGAGGAUCAAGUCAAGUCACUUCAAAGGGAGCUCAGUCUGAUAAAUAUCUUCCUUGAGAACUCUGUAGGGGAACGGAACGAGCAUCCAAUAGUGAGGGAGGUAGUCAGGCAAAUCAGGGACGUUGCUCACGAGGCUCACGAUGUUAUUGACACAUUCAUCCUCAACGUUGCAAAACACAAGGGGAGGAGCACGGUGGGGAAGAUAUUGCAUAGCGUUACCCACGCAAAUAUGCUUCAUGAUGUUGGAAGGAAGAUCGAAGCCAUCGACACAGAAAUCAAAAAAAUCGACAAGAAUAGAGAAAGGUACGUCAUUGAAAGAACUGAAGCCAGAAGAUCUAGCGUAGAUGAGGCGGCGAAGGAACUGCACAGACGUAGGAGAGAAGUUGAGGAAGAUAACGUGGUGGGCUUCGUUCACCACUGGGAGACAUUGGUGACGCAACUUACUGAUCAAAUGAAUCCUAAGCUUGAUGUCAUUUCAAUCAUCGGAAUGGGCGGGUUGGGCAAGACCACUCUUGCCAUGAAAAUAUACAAAAAUCCUCGUGUCGUGAGCCACUUUAAUUGCCGUGUAUGGGUGUACGUAUCUCAAGAUUUCACAAUCAGAGAGCUGUUGGUUACAAUUUUAAAGGAGAUGGCAAUACCAGAUGAGUUGAGAAGGAGGCUGAAAUACUUGAGUGAGAAUGAGUUACAAAACAAGCUGUCCGAAUACUUGCAAGGGAAGAAGUACUUUGUAGUCAUGGACGACAUCUGGAGUUCAGAAGUCUGGAAUGAGGUACGAUCUGUUUUUCCUGAUAACUUUAAUGGAAGCAGAAUAUUGAUCACCAGCCGCAAUAAAAAAGUGGCUCUAGAUGCACGGCAUACUUCUGAUCCCUACCUUCUCCCAUUUCUUGAUCAAGAUGAAAGUAGGAAACUCUUACGUAGGAAGGUGUUCCAAAGGGGGGAUUGUCCUCGAGAGUUAAAAACUCUGUUGAGACAAAUGGCAAUAGGUUGUCGAGGCCUACCACUUUCCAUUGUAGUAUUAGGGGGCCUUUUAGCAAAAGUAGAGAAGACACACCGAACAUGGUCUGAAAUCUGUGGCAAUGUAAAUUGGCACCUUAGUGAAUGCAAAGACAUAUUGGCCUUGAGCUAUACCUACCUGCCUCGGCACUUAAAACCAUGUUUUUUGUAUCUUGGUGUAUAUCCAGAAGACUUUGAGAUCCCUGUAAAGCAACUGAUAAACCUAUGGGUAGCUGAGGGUUUCAUACAGCACACUGAUCACAAAGUAAGCUCAGAGAAAGUUGCGGAAGACUACUUGAAGGAGCUCAUUGAUCGAAGCUUGGUCCAAAUGGCUAGCGUAAGGACAAAUGGAAAAGCAAAGACAUGUCAUGUCCAUGAUCUUCUACGAGACUUCUGCAUAUCUAAGAGUGUAGAAGAGAAGUUUCUUGAGGUUCGUGAUGUUAAGAAUUUAUCCGCGAACGCAUCCCGCAGACUUUCCAUACAGGGUAGCAUUGAUCCAUAUAUUUCUUCUAACCCCUCUCACCCUACAUCUGCCCGUUCUUUGUUGUUUCGCGGCGAUGAUACAUAUAGCGGCUUUGAUCCAAACCACUGGAAAUGGGUCAAUGAAAACUUCAAGUUGGUUUGGGUACUUAGUUUCAAGCAUGUAGAUCUGUAUUCUAUUCCCACAAUGAUAUCACAAUUGAUCCAUUUGAGGUACUUGGGUAUAGAAUCUGAUGCACUGAAAGUUAUUCCGGAUUCCAUUUGUAACCUUGUGAAUCUAGAAACACUUGAUAUGAGAGGUACUUCUCUCAAUCGGCUGCCAAAAGGGAUAUGGAAACUGCGACGUUUAAGAAAUCUGUAUACCUCUGGGCCAGUGAGUUUACUUCACGAUUUGAACCCAAAAGUUGAAGCUAUGUGGAACCUCCAAGUCCUAUCCACUGUAUCGCUCGACCUACAAAAUGUGCCCCUGAUUGCCCCUACUACAAUAAGGAAAUUAGGAAUAUGGUUUGCGUCCAACGAGAGCAACUGUGGGGCAAUAGAUGUUUUUGAAAGUCUUCACCUGUUAGCUUAUCUUCAAACGUUGAAAAUUAUAAAUUGUUCAGAAUUUCCACGUUCGUUUCCAUUGACAAUCACCAAGAUAACCUUACGAGAAGUGUAUUUAGGAGUGGGUGGCGGAAUGAUAGUGCUCGGGCAACUUCCCAUUCUUCACAUACUAAAACUACGAAGUUGCUUCCUUUCUAACCUUGAAGUGGAUGCAGAACCCCCUCCUGGACUCAGAGUUAUUGCAGAUUCGUUUCCUGUACUCGAAGUUUUGAAAUUGGAAAAAUUGGAAAUUGAAAAUUGGGAACAGGGGAGAGGCGCAAGGCCACUCCUCAUGUGUUUGGUUAUCAAAGAAUGCAAUGAGUUGAAAAUGCUUCCUCGGGAAGAACUACAGAGUUUGAAUGCCCUGCGAGAUGUGGAGGUGUCAGGGAGUAACAUAUCUUUGAAACCGAUGCUUGAGGAAUUGCAGAGGAAUCUUGGGUUUAAUCUAAUGAUCAAAUAAUGACUUCAUUCGGAGAGAGCCAGCAUGCUGCAGAGAGAACUUCGACGGAAACGUAAUUGGUGUUCUGUUCCUUUCGACUGCUAGCUGUUGCAAGGCUCUCCUUUUUCUUCUUCUUUUCAAGGCUAUCUCAUUCAAUCAUGCAUACUUUUGUAACUUUUUGUGGCUUCACGUACUUUGUUGUUACCGUGAUUGUUGAAGUAGGACUAUGUUCUAAGGAAUUCUCUUCCAUUUAAUGCGGAGGACUUUGAAUUCUUAUGUUAGUGUGCAUAAUGUUGUAAAAGAGUUGUAUAAAUCUAGCAUUUUCCAUAUUUAUAAAUCUUGAGAUGAGUCUUCUUCUAUCUUCUUGUCUCUCUGUCGAUGAAGAGGUUGGAGGUUGUCUUUUAUAGAAUACAGCACUGUCAAUAAAUUGUUACGACCGCUGCACUGUCAGUCAGUGAAAUGAAGAUUUUUGGAGGACUCAAGAGUAAGAGGGCAGAGCAUUGAAGUUACUCCUUCAGUGGUGUGCUCAACCUUAAAUUCUCCUCACAAAUAGGUGUCCAAUUACAACGUACAGGAAAAAUUGGGCAAAAUCUCCUUUUGUAGGGCACUCCAGUCUGAUACUAAUAUUGAU